UGUGUGGGGGUGUGUCUCUCUGUGUGUGGGGGUGUCCCCCCCCGGUCCUGGUGUGAUGGGGCUGAGGCAGAGCCGCGGCGCUGAUUGGCUGUGUGAUCGGAAGGUGACGCGCGGUGGGGCGGGUCCGGCGGCAGCUGUGAGCUGAUUGGCUGAGGCGGUAUGUAACCAUGUUGCGGCACCUGGUGCUGAGGAGCGGCUCCGCACUGCGGCCCCGACCCCAUCCCGCACCGCCACCCCGACCCCGGCCCCGCACAGGAUUUUUUGGAAGAAAUACGAGCGCAGCAGCAGCAAUGCCGGAGAUAAACACGCAGGACCUGGAUGAAAAGCAGGUCCAGUUACUGGCUGAAAUGUGUAUCCUCAUUGACCAAGAUGACAAAAGGAUCGGGGCAGACACGAAGAAAAACUGCCAUCUUAACGAAAACAUUAGUAAAGGUUUGCUGCACAGAGCGUUCAGCGUCUUCAUCUUCAACACCGAGGGUAGACUUUUGCUGCAACAGAGAUCUGAUGCCAAGAUCACUUUCCCAGGCUGUUUCACAAACACAUGCUGCAGCCACCCUCUCAGCAAUCCCACGGAAGUCGAGGAGAAAGAUGCUGUUGGUGUAAGACGAGCAGCUCAACGGCGGUUAAAAGAGGAGUUUGGAAUACCUGUGCAGCAGGUCCCCCCUGAAGAGAUGAAAUACCUAACCCGGAUUCACUACAAGGCUCAGUCUGAUGGGAUCUGGGGAGAACAUGAAAUUGAUUACAUAAUCUUCAUGCAGAAAGAUGUUACUUUGAGCCCCGAUCCCAAUGAGAUCAAAAGCCACUGCUAUGUAACUAAGGAGGAACUGAAGGACCUGCUCAAAAAGGCAGAUAACAACCAAGUCAAGAUCACACCAUGGUUCAAACUAAUUGCAGAUACCUUUCUUUUCACAUGGUGGGACAACCUUCACAAUCUAAAAAAGUUCAUAAAUCACGAAAAAAUAUACCGGAUGUAAUGUUUUCAGCGCACCUUAAUUGAAGUAUUAAGCAGAAAUCUAAGUAGCAGUCGAUGUUCAUUAACAGCCUCGUCUGAAACUCACCUUUUUAAAAACUUUUACUGGAUCCAGAUACCUGUGUGGUGUGUUCAAAUCCAGGCUUUACUUUUUAAUGGGCACCAAUUUCUUGUGAUUAACACCAAGGUAGAAGAAAAAAAAACAAUGUCUUGUCUAUAUCAAAAUGUUAAGUUGAAAUCAAAAUGCUAUGAAGAAAGUGUCAAUUACUGGUCCUCACCUUCAAAGUCCUCCAUGGUCUUGCUAACUCCCUACCAUCCUGUUCGCUCCCUCCGCGCAGCGGGCUCUGGCCUGCUUCACGAC